CAUUCGGAAAGAUGCACAAAGCAUAUACACCCCACUAUCAGCUGUUUCUGGAGGAAGGAAGAACCUGAAGAUGUGUGUGCGUGUUGCUCACAUUUGGUUAAUUCCAGCUAAAAAAGAUCCAACUAACAUCAUAUUCAUGAACAUGUUGCUGGUGGAUGCAAAGGGUGGACGUAUCCACGCCACAGUUAGAAAGGAUUUGGUGGCAAGAUUCAGGUCAAUGGUUGAGGAAGGGGCUACAUAUGAGCUUCACAAUGCAAUCGUCGGUAUUAAUGAAGGUCCAUAUAAGAUAACUUCCCACAAACACAAACUUGGUAUGCUGCACAACUCAAGUUUUACCAAAAAAGACUUACCUACUAUCCCUAUCAAUGUUUUUUAGUUCAUGUCAUUCAAUGAAAUCCUCUCUUCAAAUGUCGAGGAGACAUCUGCUGAUGUUAUUGGUCAUGUAAUUGAAAGGGGUGAUGUAAAGGAAACUGAAAAUGAGGGCAGGAAGAGCAAAGUGAUUGAUCUCACUUUGCAAGAUUUGGAGAACAACCGUUUGCAUUGCUCUCUUUGGGGUGAACAUGCUGACAAAAUUGUGAGCUUUUUUGUUAACCACGACAACUCUUCUCCUGUUGUAUUGAUAUUGCAGUUUUGCAAGACACGCAAAUAUUUAGGUGCAAUGGGGAUUGUUAAUGCGUUUUAUGGGACUAAAUUGAUACUUAAAUUUACCUGAAGUUGCUACAUACAU